CUCUCCACUGUCUCUCACCAACAACCUGGUAACCCUCCCCGAGGCUUUGGUCUCGCUUUCCCAUUCUUCAACACUUCUUUUUCUCACUUUACUGUUUAAGCUUUUUUUCUCUCCCUUCCACCCACAGUCUAGCUUGCAUUGUCUUUCUGUCUGUCUUUACCCCUCUCUUUUCUUUUCUUUUCUUCUCUUCUCUUCUCUUUUCCAUAACUCCAAACCAGUUUACACUAACCUUGCUCACUACCUUCUUCUUCUCUCCCCUUUAGGAUUUGCUCCAACAGUCUCUUAGUUGGAGGAGCUAGAGAUGUUCCCUUUUGUUUUGCUCUUUUACUUUUUCCUUCUCUGCUUCAACUCUAUUGCACCUUUGGUGCAUUCUCUCAAUGCCGAAGGCUCUGUGCUUUUGACACUAAAGCAGUCGCUCACAGACCCGCAAGGCUCCAUGAGUAACUGGAAUUCCUCUGAUGAAAACCCUUGUUCAUGGAAUGGUAUCACUUGCAAGGACCAAAAUGUUGUGUCCAUCAGCAUCCCCAAGAGGAAACUCAACGGCUCUCUCCCUUCUUCUCUGGGAUCUCUCUCCCAGCUCCGCCAUGUCAACUUCAGGAACAACAAGCUUUUCGGAGACUUGCCUGCACAGCUCUUUCAAGCUCAGGGACUGCAAAGCUUGGUGCUUUAUGGCAAUUCAUUUUCCGGGCCUGUUUCUAGUGAGAUUCAGAAUCUCAGGUACCUUCAAACUCUAGAUUUAUCACAAAAUUUCUUUAACGGGUCAUUGCCUGCUUCAAUUGUCCAAUGCAAGAGACUCAAGCUCCUUGUUCUCAGUCAGAACAAUUUCUCUGGCCCCUUGCCAGAUGGGUUUGGCACUGGUUUGUCUUCUCUGGAAAGACUGGACCUUUCUUUCAAUCACUUCAAUGGGUCAAUUCCCAGUGAUUUGGGAAAUUUGUCAAGCCUGCAAGGAACUGUUGAUUUGUCUCAUAAUCAUUUUAGUGGUUCAAUUCCAGCCAGCCUCGGUAAUCUGCCUGAGAAGGUUUACAUUGAUCUUACUUUCAACAAUUUAAACGGUCCAAUUCCUCAGAAUGGUGCUUUGAUGAACAGAGGACCAACUGCCUUUAUUGGCAAUCCUGGCCUGUGUGGUCCUCCUUUGAAGAAUUCAUGCGGUCCUGAUACCCCAUCUGCUAGUUCACCUCCCUCGUUUCCAUUUAUUCCAAAUAACUACUCAGCUGACGGUAAUGGUUCCAUGGGAAGUGAGAAAAAUAAAGGGCUAAGUAAGGGAGCUGUGGUUAGCAUUGUUGUGGGUGAUAUAAUUGGAAUUUGCCUCUUAGGUUUGCUGUUCUCUUUUUGCUACUCAAGGGUUUGUGGUUUUAACCAGGAUCUUGAUGAAGAUGGAGUUAACAAGGGAAGCAAAGGGAGGAAAGAGUGUUUCUGCUUCAGAAAGGAUGAAUCCGAGGUCCUGUCUGAUAAUAACGUUGAGCAAUAUGAUCUUGUCCCAUUAGAUUCUCAUGUGACUUUUGAUUUGGAUGAGCUUCUCAAGGCUUCAGCUUUUGUUCUGGGUAAGAGUGGAAUAGGGAUUAUGUACAAAGUGGUGCUUGAAGAUGGGCUUGCUUUGGCUGUGAGGAGAUUGGGGGAGGGAGGUUCUCAAAGGUUUAAAGAGUUCCAAACCGAGGUAGAAGCAAUAGGGAAGUUAAGACAUCCAAAUAUUGCAACCCUGAGAGCCUAUUACUGGUCUGUUGAUGAGAAGCUUCUCAUAUAUGAUUAUAUAUCCAACGGAAGCCUUGAUACAGCAAUUCAUGGGAAGGCUGGACUUCUCACAUUUGCACCACUUUCUUGGUCCUAUCGAUUGAAGAUCAUGAAAGGAACUGCAAGAGGACUGGUCUAUCUGCAUGAAUUUAGCCCCAAAAAAUAUGUCCAUGGAGACCUGAAGCCAAGUAACAUACUUCUUGGACAGGACAUGGAACCCCACAUUUCUGACUUUGGAGUUGGGCGGCUUGCAAACAUUGCUGGAGGGUCGCCAACCUUGCAAUCCAACCGAGUGGCUGCAGAGAAACAACAUGGAAGACAAAAGAGCAUGUCCACUGAAGUAGUGACUACCAGUGUGAUGGGAAACGGUUAUAUGGCUCCAGAAGCACUGAAAGUGGUGAAGCCAUCACAGAAAUGGGAUGUUUACUCAUAUGGAGUGAUAUUGUUGGAAAUGAUCACAGGAAAACCAUCUAUUGUCCAAUUUGGGAACUCAGAAAUGGACCUUGUUCAGUGGAUUCAGUUCUGCAUUGAGGAAAAGAAGCCACUCGUGGAGGUUUUAGACCCUUACUUGGCUGAAGAUGCAGAUAAGGAGGAGGAGAUUAUUGGAGUUUUGAAGAUUGCAAUGGCUUGUGUCCAUAGCAGCCCUGAAAAGAGACCUACGAUGAGGCACGUGCUUGAUGCUUUGGAUAGAUUGACUAUUUCCUCUGAUUGAGAAAUUUCAGAGCUGUGGACUGUGAAUGCAGCUCAUUUGUGAAUCUUUUACCUUUACUCUCUUGUCUUGGUCAUGUUUAACAAUGUCUUCAACCUCAUGAAUCCUUGUAAUUGGAGCACUAGAAGAGAAAUUGAAUUUGUUUCAGCAAAAAUCA